GAAUGACCAGGCGUUUGUGGUGUUAGUUUUUUUUUUUUUAGGACAAACACAAACAACAGAGACACAACUGAGCUGCCAUGAGGAACACUAUGGACUGUGUGUAUUGGCCGUAUGGUCACCAUGGCUAUGGUUCAAGCUUUUCCCAUGCCCACUGAUGAGUCCAGUGACAAUAUUCAACGGCGCUGCCCUGUAUCACAUUUACCACCUGCAGGUACCAUGGGUUCAGUCAGCAGCAUGAUCUCUGGGCGUACAUACCAGGAGCGCCACUGCCGUGCUGUCAGCAACUUCAGUGCCAAGCUUCGCAAACCUUUGCCUGCCACCAGCUGCUUUCGGAGUCAGGAGGGUACUCUGCGCAGUGCUAGCUCUCAGGAGGAGCUCAUCAUCAACCCACCUCCUCUGCCUACCAAGAACAAGUCUGCUAACCCUGUAACCUUUGGGAAUGGAAACUACGGGUUUGUGAGUGGCGAGGUGGUAGGUGAUUGGAACGAUAACCAUGUGGCAGUGUGCAGUCCAUGUACUGAUGCAGAGGAACUGCAAAGGAACCGAGGAACUGUGAACAAUGGCAACAUUGGGGGCCCUCCACCAAAACUGAUUCCGGUCUCAGGCAAGCUGGAAAAAAACAUGGAGAAAGUUGUGAUACGACCCACGGCCUUCAAGCCUGUAGUGCCCAAAAACCGCAACUCAGUGCAGUACCACUCCCCGCAGACAGGCGGCAGUUUCUCUGAGAGCCAAGGCAGCCUUAACAUUUUACUGCCAGGAGGAGGAGGACUGGUAAACAACGAGAAACACAGUUCAUAUAACAGUGGUCGUAAUGCUCGCAGCAGCCAUUCAUGCAGCACUUCGGACUCUGGCCACAACUCACUGUCCAGCCUGCCCACAUACAGCAGCAGCAACACGGCCUAUAGCCUGGCACAGAGUGAAGGACUGUCCACAAGUGAGUCCUCAAGACCCACAGGAGGCCAUGGACAUUCUAACUCAGACAGCGGACGCUCCUCGUCCAGUAAGAGCACAGGCUCGCUGAGCGGGCGUGGACAGCCACAGUCAGACAGUGGAUCAUGUGGGCGCUCCCCUGCACCUCCGGAGGGGUAUGAAACCAUUAUCCGAGAGCUGGAGGAAAAGCUAAGGGAGAGAGACCUGGAGCUGCAGCAACUAAGAGAAAACCUGGAUGAAAAUGAGGCGGCCAUCUGCCAGGUGUAUGAGGAGAAGCAAAAGCACUGUGAGCAGGAGAUGGAGGACCUCAGGCAGGGCUGUGCAGCCAAGAUGAAGCAGGCGCAGCAAAAAGCACAACGAACACAGCAGGUGCUGCAGCUGCAAAUCUUCCAGCUGCAACAGGAAAAGAAAAAGCUGCAGGAGGACUUCUCUCAACUGCUACAGGAGCGGGAGACGCUGGAGAAAAGGUGUACCUCCAUCGAGAAGCAGCAAAACCAGCUGGGCCCUCGUCUGGAGGAGACAAAGUGGGAGGUGUGUCAGAAGUCGGGUGAGAUCUCUCUGCUAAAGCAGCAGUUAAAGGAUGUGAAAGCCGACCUGAGUCAGAAAUCAGCUGAGAUUGUGGCGCUGAAAGUCCAGCUGCGAGAGGCUCACUCUGAGCUGCAGGCCAGCCAGACGUGCUCCCAAGAAGCCCAGGCGGCAGCACGCACUCGCAUGCUUGAACUUGAGGUUUGCGAGAACGAGCUACAGAGGCGCAAGAGCGAGGCCGAACUGCUGCGGGAGAAGCUGGGCCGCCUAGAGGAAGAGUCAAGCCGGCUCAGAGUCACGCUGGCAUUGCCUUCCAGUAGGAGCCAGUGCAUGAGCCUGCCUCUGCCUCAGGGUCGCAUCGGAGGUGGUGCAAAUCAAGUUCAUAAUCCUGCUUUCCGCGAAAGGGUAGAACCAUCUUUAGCGUAUGAAAGUGAUGAGAACAAGGCCCAGCGGCAGCAGAGCACGGACAAGCUGCACAGUCUGCGUAUGCAGGUGGAGCAACGGCGCACCGAGCUGGUCAUGGAAAGGAGGCGUGGUGAGGAACAGCUGGAAUCUUUUGAGGGGGAACGGCGAGUCUGGCAGGAGGAAAAGGACAAGGUGAUUCGCUACCAGAAACAGCUACAGCAGAACUACAUCCAGAUGUACCGGCGCAACCGGGAGCUGGAACGUGUGAUGAGGGAACUAAGUCUAGAGCUUGAGAACAGGGAUAUAGAGGAGUUCGACAUGCACCACAAAAACAUCCACUUUGAAGAAAUAACAGCCACGGAGAUCUAAUUGCUUAAAUGACAUUCUUAUCAAACACUAACUGAUGAUUAAAUGCGCUCUGCACUUCCUUCGAAUCUAAGCUGUCUAGCGUAAAACGGAAAUCGCCUAAAAUUUGACCAGAGUUCACGAUCACGCUUAUGUCUGGUGCACACUACUACACAAAUAUCAAAAAUGGAUGCAGUGUACACCACACAACUCAUUUACCUGCUAGUGCUGAUGGGGGUUUACACAAUCAGUCAUUCAGUUACCAAAAAUAAAUGCAGGAAUUGUAUAGGUGACAAUACACUAUAUGAAAAAUCUAGGUUUAGAGCAGAUGCAAGGAUAGUGUUUGCAUACAGAGCAGAAACAGUCAUGUCAGAUCUCAGAAUAUGUACU